AUGUCGCGGGACAUUGUCCCACAACUUUUGCAGAGACAACUACGUGAAUGUCGAGCGACAAGUAUCUGCGACAUGUCGCCUAGUGAAAAUGCGCCUUUAAGAUCAAAGUUAAUUAAUUGCUACACACAGCAGUUGAGUGAAAUAGAAUUGUUAUCCAGUAUGUACCCAAAUAAAGAGGACAUAUUAUUUCCAGACAAUAAUGUUCUCAGGGAGAUAAAACAAUUUGUAGAUAACAAGAGUAUGCUUAAACCUAAUCAUUUGGAUUUUACUUUAAUUCUACAUAUAAAUAAUUUAAAACUGGAAAUAUCAAUUAAUUUACCUAGUUUUUACCCUGAUGUGGAACCUAACAUAUAUUUAAGGUGUAAUCAAUUAAACCGGCAGCAAGAAAGUACUUUAAAUACAGAUUUAUUUAUUUAUGUGAAAGAUAAUCAUUUUGGAGCACCAUGUCUGUAUACAGCUAUAUCGUGGAUUCAAGAUAAUAUAGAAACAUACAGUAACAAGAACAUACAACCAACAACUAGUACAGUUGGAAAACCAAAAGAUAAAAAUAAAGAAAAAUUUGUGAGAUUCUGGAUUUAUUCCCAUCAUAUUUAUAGCAAAAAAAAGAGGGACGAAAUAACCAAAAUGGCAAAAGAGUACAACUUGACUGGAUUCUGCUUACCUGGAAAACCUGGAAUAAUCUGUGUGGAGGGUACUGAGUCUGAAUGCAAUGAAUGGUGGAAAAUCAUUAAAUCUAUGAGUUGGAAAAAAAUUGCUAUAAGGAAAUCUGAGAUUUUUGAUCUGUCCAAUCAAAUUGAAGAGCAAAGGUUUGAUAAUUUUGAAGAAAUGCAUUUUCAAAAUCCCUCAACAAAACACAGCAAUCAUGCUAAUAUGAGUGAAUUUUCAAAAUACAUGGAACAAUGUGGCCUGAUUCAAACAUUUAAUGAAUUUUUUGGGUUGUGUAACAACACCUGAUAAUUUUUUUUUAUUAGUGUUUUUACUUACACUUGGAGGAAUUAUCAAUUUUAUAAAUUUAAUAUGCAUAUAAAAAAUUUUGGA